CAGAGAGAGAGAGAGAGAGAGAGACGCACUGGUGUACCACGGGGUCCACAUUCAAACUGACCAGCGCGUGUACCUCAAUGAGCGCACGCACCGUCCUCUCGCACAGCCGUCUCCCAUCAGCCUGAUUUCAGCCGAUCAGCGGAGCCGGUGCUUAGGGAGCCGCAGAGAAAGAGGAGGAAAAGGGAUGAGGUGAUGUCCUCUCCCUAGCUCACUGUGACUUAUUGCUCAGCGAGGGUUUGACCCCAGCAGGACCUCUCACAGCACCCUCUCCCCAGGCCUCAACUAUCUCCUCGCCAUCCAAAAGCUAAAAACAGCAGGCUGCCAAAGUUCUCCACCCGAUCCCCGGCCUUCCUCCGAUCCGUUCUGCACCGGUACCUUGUGCCAUGGCCUUCACCUUGUCAGAGAUUAUGGCAGCGAGACGGCAGCAGUCACAGGCUCAGUCCCAAGCCCAGCGAGGCAACAAGACGGCAGUGGAAGUGGACGAAUACAGCACAAACCCCACCCAGGCCUUCACCUUCUACAACAUCAACCAGGGACGCUUCCAGCCCCCACACGUUCACAUGGUGGACCCGAUGCCCCACGACACGCCCAAGCCGCCAGGCUACACCCGCUUUGUGUGCAUCUCGGACACCCACUCCCGCACCGACAGCAUCCAGAUGCCGUACGGAGAUGUGUUCAUCCACGCGGGAGACUUCACUGAGCUGGGACUGCCCUCGGAGGUCAAGAAGUUCAACGACUGGCUAGGUACCCUGCCCUACGACAUCAAGAUUGUGAUCGCCGGCAACCACGAGUUGACCUUUGACCAGGAGUUUAUGGCCGACCUGAUCAAGCAGGACUUCUACUACUUCCCCUCUGCCUCCAAGUUAAAGCCAGAGAAUUACGAGAACGUCCAGUCGCUGCUCACCAACUGCAUCUACCUGCAGGACUCUGAUGUCACCGUACGAGGAUUCAAGAUUUACGGCUCUCCCUGGCAGCCCUGGUACUACGGAUGGGGCUUCAACCUGCCCCGGGGCCAAGCUCUGCUGGACAAGUGGAACCAAAUCCCCGACAACACAGACAUCCUGGUCACACACUGCCCCCCACUGGGUUUCCUGGACUGGGUCCCAAAGAAGAUGCAGCGUGUGGGGUGCAUGGAGCUGCUGAACACAGUCCAGAGGAGGGUCCAGCCCAAGUUGCAUGUGUUCGGACAUAUUCAUGAAGGUUACGGGAUGAUGACUGAUGGCACCACAACGUUUGUCAACGCCUCCGCCUGCACCGUCAACUUCCUGCCCAUGAACGCGCCCAUCGUCUUUGACCUUCCGAACCCCGGGAGGACCACAUGACUAGAGGAGGCCGGCCCCAAAAUCACUGCCGCCGAUCAGGAGAAAGGAUCCAGAGGAGACAGAUGAAGGUCGCGGAGCAGAUUCUGUAAAUACGAAGCCGGUGUGUGUGGGGGUGUGUGCUCAAGACACGCCGGACAUGCCGGGAGACAGAGGGGACUGAAGGGACUGAAGGGAGGGGGACGCUCCCUUUUUGCUGUUAUUGUUAUUUCAUCUACCAUCGUUUGUUCAUCUGAGUCUGAAGGCAGACGAAUAGACAAGCGGAAAGACGCUUCUCAAUGUCCUCUUUUACUGCACUGACAAUCUGAUGUGGCUCUCGGGGGGGGGGGGGGGGGGGAGAGACGUCACCGACGUCCCGGUUCUUUACUCCACUUCAAUGAACUGAAGCCAUUAGGACUUAACGUGAAACAACCCGGCACCUCGUCUAUGUGACAACUCAACAGCAUGGACGUUGCAUUUGCCCCACCGGCGGAAUUUUAACAGAACCUUUGUCCCCCCCCCCUCAUUUUGCUCUUGUUUCUCUCCCAUCGUCGGGCCCAGAAAAUGAUCUUCUUUGCCGGGUGUGUGAGGGCAGCUGGAGGUCUCAGCCAAGGGCUGUGUGAGAAGUCGGGUUGUCAGCCAUGUUGACACGGAUCCAACUGGGCCUCAUUAACCCCCGCAAGCCUCUUAAACGUGCCAUUGGACAGACGCAGAGGAAACCUCACGUGGCCCUUCCCCUUUCCCUCCUCCACUCUCUACUUUCCUCUCUGUACCCCCUCUUCCACCUUUUAUAUAUUUUUUUCUGCCUCUUAAUUGUCCACCCAGUGAUGGACCAGCAGGACUUCUGGGCAGACUGGUGGUUGUUCCUGGAAGACUUUCCCCUAUUUUUAAAGAGGAGUGACGCUGUAAUUACAUGUAGUGUUACUGGUUAAAUGUAAAUGUUCUCUGUCAAUAUAAAGAUAAAAACGCUUUGCCAGCUUUAAAAAAUCCUGAUAUUUGUGGUUGUUACAUUUCCUUUGGACUAUUCCUUAGUCAUGUAAAUGUGUUAUGGGUAUUUUAUUCUCUCUUCUCUGUGAAGCUGCUAGGCCUCAUUUUGGUGAUUAUUAACUCUUUACCGUCUCUUUGCAGUUUGUCUGUGUUUUAAAGAGGAAAAAAAACAUAUAUUUUUUUCUCCUCUGCUCCAUUUGCUGGAUAAGGUUGUUCACAGUAAGAGUCUGAAUGUGCUUAGAAUAACAAGACCACGUCACACUUUGAUCUGCUGCUCUCCGACAUGUGUAUGAAAUGCUCCCCGGACCUGCAGCUCACUCCCGCUUCCUCAGCACAUCAGCAUUCAUUGUGCUAGCUGAUCUCUUAGUGUUUGCAAAAAGAAAGAGAGAUGAAGCAGAAUAACUCAACAAGAAACCUAUUUGUGUGUGAGUGCAUGUGUGUGUGUGUGUGUUUGUGUGUGGAGCAUGUUGGGCUUUAGGUCCUGAAAUGAAAUGGUGCAGGUUUAGGGUUGUGUUCAAUUUCGCGAGUCUUAUUUAUAAAGGUACAUUUUGUACGUCACAUAUUACUCUACUUUGCUGCUUUGAUCUUAAAGAUAACUUUUGAAAUAAAUCUAAAUUAAUAAUUAUGGCUGGCGAUAAAAUAAUAUUGAGAAAAUUUGAACCUUGAUUUAUUUUUGAAUCAGUGUAUCUUGUUACACAAGUCUUUUAAACAAGCAUCCACUCUGACAUCUCUUCUUCUUCUUUGUAAAGCAUUUCAAUACGCAUUCACCACCACCUGGAGGGGGGGCAAGGGGUGACCAUACUGGAGCAUGCGCAGGUUUUGCUCUGAUCCAUGUGAUCAUUGAGAGCAUUGUGGUCUGCACGCAAACGUCCUCAUGGCUUAGCAGUAAUAGUAUGAAUGUAGCUAUGGGCACAACGCAGGGUGUGGAUGUGUGGCUGUGUGAGUGUUUUUAAAACAAAUAAUAGGAUAACCUCAUCCUUUAAAAAAAAUAGCUUAAUUAAGGCCUAAAAAAAUCUAAGACAGGAAUAAAAGGGAUUAAAACUAUUAAAACCAAAAUAUUGGAGGCACUUUAAUCUCUCACGUUCAUGAAGGGCCGUGUGCCUGGAGCGCCCCUGGUUCUGUAGUUGUACUAUUUAUUGAUUACUUUCUUGAGGAUUGCUUUAAGGAGUGAAUGACUACUGCUACUUAGACAAUCCACACAUGCCGAUUUAUUGUGGUGGUACUUUUUUAAUAAAGCAUUGUUUGUGUCCUGAAUCACAUUAUUUUUCUCGCUCAUACGUCAAUGUAACUGGAUGGUCAAUGAACUUCAGGUCUUUGUUAUUUUUAAAGGGAUGUAUAGCGUUUUGGAAUAAAAGUGUUCAUAGUACUGUAUUUUUUCAUUGUUGUUUAAGCUUUUUUUUAGCUGGGGGGAGGGGCAGGUAACUGAAAAGCCAACAACUGUAAAAAUGUAACCGUUUUGCUCCUGGAGCCAACUCUAAAAUGUAAAGUACCUCUCUUUCUUAAAAACCACAUGGAUUCUGGUUCUGAGAGAUUAGUCACUGUUUGAAUAAAAAUCUUAUCUGUUA